AUCUCCUAAACCCCUUGAAGGAUUUUCAUGAAACUUGGGUCAAAUGAUCACCUCAUCAAGACGUUGUGCAGAAUUCAUAAGUCAGCCAUGUCAGUUCAAGGUCAAGGUCACAGCUAAAAUCAAAGGUUUACCCUUUCACUAUCCAUAGCAGUGGCGGCGGAUUUAGCUGUCUUUCAGACUGCCUUGUUCCUUUUGAUGAGUUAACAACUGGUUUAGGAGAUACAUCAGUCAGGUACCUAACAUUGUGAUAUCUGCAAAAUAUGUGGUCAACAUUGAUGGUAUUGAUAAUCCAAAACACAGUGGACUAGUGACAUAUUAUAAGUAAUACAGAUAAAAUGGUAGAAGAACGUGUUGACCUAGAUAAACCAAUAUGGGAUCAGAACACGUUUAUAGGACGUCUGAAGUACUUCACAUGGGUUACAGACCCUAGGCUUAGCUUGUCCUCUAAGCAAAGCUUGCUCGAAGCAAAAAAGCUCAUUUCUCAGUACAGGAAUGGUGAAGAACCUGAAGGAACCACAGUUCCACAGCUAAGACAGGCACAGAGAAUGUGUCUAUCUGCUUUCCAUCCUGACACAGGCGAACUGCAGAAUGUGAUUGGUCGAAUGUCGUUCUACGUUCCUGGAGGAAUGAUUCUCAUUGGUGCAAUGAUUACCUUCUAUAAGAGUACACAAGCUGUUAUAUUCUGGCAGUGGGCUAACCAGUCCUUCAAUGCUUUAGUUAACUAUACAAACAGAAAUGCUGAGUCUGAGAUCACACCAAAGAGGAUAGGUAUAGCAUAUGUAUCAGCUACAGGAAGUGCUCUGGUUACAGCUCUUGGUCUGAAGGCACUACUUGCAAAGCGAGCUUCACCACUGAUGCAGAGAUUUGUACCCUUUGCUGCUGUGGCUGCUGCCAAUAUGGUUAACAUACCUCUCAUGAGACAAAGUGAGUUGUUAGAUGGUGUAGCAGUGUAUGAUGAAGAGAAUAAGAAAGUGGCAGAAUCUCGUUAUGCUGCUGUCAAGGGUAUAGGUCUGGUUACAUUUAGCCGUAUUUUGAUGGCUUCACCAGGAAUGCUGAUAUUACCAGUUGGGAUGGAGAGGCUAGAGAAGACGGCUUGGAUGAAGAGAUACAGAUUUGUGAAUGCUCCACUCCAGGUUUUGUUGUCUGGUGUAACUUUGCUGUUUAUGGUGCCAAUUGGAUGUGCAUUAUUUAAUCAGAGAUGGUAAAUAUUUUGUACAUUUAUGAUUUAAUGAAAUAAUCUUUUGACAAAACAUGGGUUAGCUUAAGUGUUUACCAUAACGAUGCUGUGUGGAUUGCAA